AAUCAACUAGUUAUGCAGAUAUUUAUAAGGGAUUAUGUUGGUAAGGAUCAUAUUUUUGAUAUAGAACCAACGAUUACGAUCAGCGAUGUGAAAGCAAAAAUUGAAAUUCUACAGAAUAUACCAGUUAAGGAACAACGCCUAAUUUUUGGAAGUCGACAGCUGGAAGAUGAUGAAACUCUGUUUGGGUCAGAUAUAAAGGCUUUGGAUACACUCCAUCUUCUUCUUAGAUUACGAGGUGGUGGAAAAAAGAGAAAGAAGAAGACUUAUUCAACUCCAAAGAAACUUAAACAUAAACGAAAGAAGAUCAAGCUUGCAGUUUUGAAAUAUUACAAGGUUAAACAAGGUGAUGAUGAUAUUCCAGUAAAAUUCUUCGGUGUCCAGGCCUAUGAGAAUAUUAUGAUUCAUGGAAUGUCUGAACCACACAUGGUAUUAUUUAUUAAUGAUGAUACAGUAUUCACCAUAUUCUUUUGUUGGUUUGAGUUAGCUCGUUUUUUUGAUUUUUUGUUACAAGAAGUGACUGAUCGUGAGUUAAUCGAUCAUGCAAAUCAAUUAAGGUAG